AUGAAGCUCAACCUAGGCAGCAGAUUUGCCAGCUGCUUCAUCCCUCUCCACGUCUUAGUCGCAAACUGCACCUAUGCGAAAAAGCUCAAGAGCAAGACGUGCCAUGGAGCGCUAUUCGCCAUAGACGCCCUGGACUCAGUUUUUCCAGUGUACAUCCCGCCGGCGGAACUGGCGGUGGUGCGUUUCCUGGGAAUUCUUGUGUUCUCUGCACCAUUGGUAAUGGCCAGUGGCGAGAAUCCAUUCGGAACGACGGGCAUCCGGGCACUGCUCCUUCUUCGGGGUCUGCUGGGAGCCUCAAGCCUGUUCCUGCGGUUUUACGCCAUCCACUAUAUGCCGAUUGCCGACGCGUCCGUCAUAAUCUUCAGUGUGCCCGUGUUCGUGUCUGCACUGGCAAGGAUCUUUCUGAAGGAACCAUGCAGUAUCUUUCAUCUGGCUGCUGUGUUGGUCACCGUGGUUGGUCUGGUGCUGAUUACAAAGUUUCCGAUAUUGUUCACCCGACCGGCUGAAGGUGGAUAUCCUGUCGAUAUCCGUGGACUGGUGGCUGCUUUCUGUUCUACUGUAUUUGGAGCGAGCGUCUACAUUGUGUUGCGAAGGCUCCGAGAUGUUCACCUCUCUGUAAUAAUGUUCAAUUUCGCUUGGGUCGCUAUUCUAGAGACUGGUACCAUUUCAUUGCUGACCACUGAGCUGCUCCUUCCACGCACCGUAUUCGACGGAUCGCUACUCUUCGGCUUGGGUGCUUUGAGUUUUAGUGGACAAUUGCUUCUAACGCGUGCUUUGCAGCUAGAGCAGGCUGGCCCCGUUUCCAUGGUUCGAUCUAGUGCCGACAUAAUCUUAGUCUUUGCUUGGCAGGUGGCGUUGUUUAGCGAGGUUCCCGACUGCUAUACCAUUUCUGGCGCUGUACUUGUCACUGCUUGCGUGCUUUUCACGGGAUUACGAAAAUGGAUCGACACCCUUCCGGAGAAUUCAGUCACACGAGCAAGAAUGGCGUGGCUACUCUUCUAAGUACUUCCAGCUGGUUUGCCUGCAUAAUCCUUAGUUUCACGCGAUAUCAAGCUGUUACAAACCGGCGUGUUUCACCUGUUCACUGAAAUAAAUAGCAUGAAUA